AGUCCUGGCCCAACUGUCUUUCAAGGAGCUGAAGAGAUACCCAGCAGGAGAGGCUAAUGGGACUUCCAACUCCAUCAGGUCCUACGUUUCUGAGCUUUUAAAAGAGGAGCCUCCGCAGCAUCGGCCCUGACUCCAGACCUGCCGCAACAUGAUGCCCCUGAUCACCCUGCUAUCCCUGCUCGUGCUGGGAGCCCAGGCCGGGCAUGGGGUCGAGUGGACCUAUUCAGAGGGUGUGCUGGACGAAGCACACUGGCCGCUGGAGUACCCGAAAUGUGGGGGGAGAAGACAGUCGCCCAUUGACCUGCAGAUGAAGAAAGUUCAGUACAACCCUUCUCUGAGGGCUCUGAACCUCACAGGCUACGGACUCUGGCACGGGGAGUUCCCCAUGACCAACAAUGGCCACACGGUACAGAUCAGCCUGCCAUCCACCAUGAGCAUGACGACAUCUGAUGGCACGCAGUACUUAGCCAAGCAGAUGCACUUCCACUGGGGCGGAGCGUCCUCGGAGAUCAGCGGCUCUGAGCACACUGUGGAUGGGAUGCGAUACGUAAUUGAGAUUCACGUCGUCCACUACAAUUCUAAAUACAACAGCUAUGAGGAAGCCCAGCAAGAGCCAGAUGGUUUGGCUGUGCUGGCGGCCCUGGUUGAGGUAAAGGAUUAUACUGAAAAUGCUUACUACAGCAAAUUCAUUUCUCACUUGGAAGACAUCCGGUAUGCAGGACAAAGCACAGUUCUGAGAGGCCUUGACAUUGAGGACAUGCUACCUGGGGACCUCCGCUACUACUACAGCUACUUGGGGUCACUCACCACUCCUCCCUGUACAGAAAACGUCCACUGGUUUGUGGUAGCAGAUACUGUCAAGCUCUCCAAGACACAGGUUGAGAAGCUAGAGAAUUCCUUACUGAAUCACCAGAACAAGACCAUCCAAAACGAUUACCGCAGGACUCAGCCCCUGAACCACAGAGUGGUGGAAGCCAACUUCAUGUCUCGCCCUCAUCAGGAAUACACUUUAGCCUCCAAACUCCACUUUUAUCUAAACAAUAUUGACCAAACCCUUGAGUACCUGAGAAGAUUUAUUGAACAGAAGAUAACAAAGAGAAAGAAACAAGAGAAUUGGCCUUGAAGAGUGAGCCCUGCCUUCUGUCCAAGAAGCCCUGGGUGACCAGAUCAUACCGUUUCUACCGAGGCAGCUACUUAAUUUACGAUUAAAACAGGAGAAACCGUCAUCCAUGAACGGAAAUGAGAUGGCUUAAAUGCAUGAGAAGGGUUUGAGCGAGAUGAUACCAAUGGGAAUUGACUGGAAAAGAAAUUUAACUACCCUCCUAUCGAAUCAUGUACAUUGAUUUGUCUUAAUUAGAAAUCAGCCUGAAAUCCUAAUAGCAUUUAGAUGAAAUAAAAUAACUUUGAAAAUUUGAUAUUUAA